UUAAACCUCUCAAAGGUUCUCUUCCACCCUUUUCAGAUUCCGAGUUCGGUCACCGCUCACCGGUGAGCUUACCGACGACGACGACGACGAGCUUUCACUCCUUCACUGAGAACAUUUGAUUUAUGCCAUGUCGGAUCUUUACACUCCUCUCCGCCCCAAAAGAAAGAAGGUGUUGGUUGAUUACCUGGUCCAGUUUCGAUGGAUAGUUGUUAUCUUUGUUGUCCUUCCCAUCUCAUUCACUGUAUACUUAUUGUUAUAUCUUGGCGACAUGAGAUCUGAAAUGAAAUCAUUCAAGCGUCGCCAAAAGGAACAUGAUGAGAAUGUCAAGAAGGUUGUUAAUCGUCUUAAACAAAGGAACCCAAAGAAAGAUGGACUUGUUUGCACUGCAAGGAAACCAUAUAUUGCCGUUGGCAUGCGCAAUGUUGAUUACAAGCGUGCUAGACAUUUUGAGGUUGAUCUUGCGGCAUUCAGAAAUAUUCUUGAGAUUGACAAAGAGAGAAUGAUUGCGAAGGUUGAGCCUCUUGUUAAUAUGGGCCAGAUCAGCAGGGCAACAGUGCCAAUGAAUCUCUCCUUAGCUGUUGUUGCAGAACUCGAUGAUCUCACAGUUGGUGGUCUCAUCAAUGGCUAUGGAAUCGAAGGAAGCUCGCAUAUUUAUGGCCUUUUUGCAGACACUGUGGUCGCAUUGGAACUCGUGCUUGCAGAUGGUCGUGUUGUUAGAGCUACAAAGGAUAAUGAAUAUUCUGAUCUUUUCUAUGCUGUGCCCUGGUCACAAGGAACCAUUGGGCUUCUAGUUUCUGCGGAGAUCAAGCUUAUACCAAUCAAGGAGUACAUGAAGUUGACUUACAAGCCGGUGAGGGGAAACUUGAAGGAGCUUGCACAGGCGUAUGCUGAUUCUUUCGCACCUAGAGAUGGUGACCCAGCGAAAAUUCCUGAUUUCGUUGAAGCAAUGAUCUAUACUCCGACUGAGGGGGUGAUGAUGACCGGGAAAUAUGCUUCCAAGGAGGAAGCCAAGCAAAAGGGUAAUGUCAUCAAUGAAGUUGGAUGGUGGUUUAAAACCUGGUUUUACCAGCAUUGCCAGACUGCACUUACAAGGGGUGAGUUCGUGGAAUACAUUCCCACACGGCAAUACUACCACAGGCACACAAGGUCCAUGUACUGGGAAGGUAAGCUCAUUCUGCCAUUCGGUGACCAGUGGUGGUUCCGGUGGACCAUGGGGUGGUUGAUGCCUCCGAAGGUCUCACUGCUCAAGGCCACUCAGGGUGAAGGUAUCCGAAACUAUUACCAUGAUAUGCAUGUGAUUCAGGAUUUGUUGGUUCCUCUUUACAAAGUCGGCGAUUCACUCGAGUUUGUUCAUAGGGAAAUGGAGGUGUACCCCAUCUGGCUUUGCCCGCAUCGCCUCUACAAGCUCCCUGUGAAAACAAUGAUUUACCCAGAGCCAGGAUUCGAACUACACCGUCGCCAAGGUGACACAAACAAUGCUCAAAUGUUCACUGACAUUGGGGUGUACUAUGCCCCAGGCCCUGUCUUGAGGGGCGAAGAAUUCAAUGGCUCUGAAGCCGUUCGUCGGCUUGAGGAGUUCUUGAUCCAAAACCAUGGGUUCCAGCCACAGUACGCUGUCUCUGAACUCACUGAAAAGAACUUCUGGCGAAUGUUCGACGGAGAACUCUACGACAAUUGCCGCCACAAGUACGGUGCCGUUGGUACAUUCAUGAGUGUGUACUAUAAGUCAAAGAAAGGAAAGAAGACUGAGAAGGAGGUGCAAGAGGCCGAGCAGGCGAUAGCGGAACAAGCCUAUGCAGAAGAUAACUAGUUGACCGGAGAGAUCGCCGGAGGAGAGCAUGGUUGAAGUCUUCAUCCUAGUUUUAGUUCUUGUUAGUGGUUUUUAAAUCUCUUUGCUAGUUGUGGAGAUUGAGGAUGUGCUUGAUGUCUAUUGAAUGUUUUAUGUUUCCUAAAUUUGUUCUGUCAACUUGACUGUAACUCUCUCUGGAUGCUUGUUUGUGCUAAUUUCAUCUUAUCUGGUUGUGUUUAGGUCUUUUUGCAAA